UGAAAUUUGUUUUGAAAAGCGUAUUACAGACUUUGUAAUGUUUAUUAAAUAAGUAAAUGCUUUUUUCGUAUAUUGCAAAAAUUACACUCUCACUUUUCAUGGCGUUAUCAGUGAAAAAGCAAUGAAAGAAGAAAUACAAAUACAAAUAUUAGCCAUAAAAAAGUAACAAAUACAAGAACAAUUCUUUCGCACAAAACAAAAAAACGAAAUAAAAAAGAAAAUAAGCGGCAAAAAAAUAUUCACACAAAAUUUAUAAAAAUAAAUAACGAGGGUAGUGUUGCCAUAGUUUGUGAAAAUAAGAAAGAAAAAUAACGGUUUUAACAGUCGGUGUGUAAUAAACAACCAAUAAGAAAAAUCUAAUUGGAGUAAAACUAAAAGUGUACGUUGUGUUAAAUUGUAUUAAAAUUAUUUGAUUUAAAUAUUUGGUGUAUUUAUAAUUUGGAUAUAAAAAUUUCCUAAUACCUAAUCUGGCAUACGAAUUUUGAAUAUAAAUUGGAUUACGGUAUACAAUUGUUAAAAGAUGUUUUAACACAAUAUGGAAUUAGCGAUUUGUAAAACUGAAUUACCAUCUAAUAAAUUUAUGUUGCCCACCUCAACAUCAACGGCUUCGUUCUAUGACAAACCCCAUCAUCAUCUGCCACCUACGGCUCAUUUCAAUGACAUUUUAACUUUUCCCUCAAACUAUUUAUUUAAUAAAAGCCCUUCAUCAGCAACGUCUUCAUCAUCAACAUCGCCAUCUACAAUAAAUACAACAAAUAAUUGUGAUAAUUUUAAUAUUCCCUCAUCCACCUUAACGGGUACGACUUCUUCAACAAUGCGUCUGAAAAAGAAUCGUAAAGUCACAUUUUUAUCCAAUUUAAUUGAGACCAAAAAUAUCUUCAUUAAAGAAGAACCAGUUGAUGGCAGCAAAGAUUUACCACCACCUAUCUGCAGUAUAUCUGAUAUAUCAGAUCACGAAGCGUCAUUGGAUGUUCCCACACAAAUACCUCCUUUAACGCCUGGUACAAAUCGAAAAGUUGCCGAGGUGCUAAAAGCCUCUUUUGCUUCCUGGGAAAAAGAGGUACAGAACUGCAAUAUAACCAAAGAUCCCCGCCAAUGGACUGAAGAACAUGUUAUAUAUUGGCUAAAUUGGGCAAUAAAAGAAUUUUCAUUGGUUUCUAUGAAUCAUGAACCGUUUUUAAAAAUGAAAGGACGUGAUAUAAUUGAAUUAGGAAAAGAUAAAUUUUUAGCCAUAACACCAGCAUUUACCGGCGACAUACUAUGGGAACAUUUAGAUAUAUUACAAAAAGGUAAGUAGACAAUGUGAUUCCUUUUUGUUUAAUACUAAUUACACUUUAAUUUAUUUAAUUUAACUU